UGCGACUCCUUCGUCAUCGUCGGAGCAGAAGGAGCAACUAUCUUCAGCAAGAACAGCGACAGGCCAUGCACGGAAGUGCACGAGGUCGUUCGCUUCAACUCUCAGGAGCAUGCAGAGGGCAGCAAGGUUCGCUGCCAGUACAUUGAGAUCCCUCAGGCAAGAAAGACUUUUGCUGUCAUUCUCAGCCGACCGGCAUGGCUGUGGGGAGCUGAGAUGGGAGCCAACGAGAUGGGACUGUGCGCAGGGAACGAGGCGGUAACGACAAGAGAAGCUUCCUCCUGCGACGAUGGCGGGAAGCGGCUGCUCGGGAUGGACCUCGUUCGACUGGUGCUCGAGCGAGCGGCAGGAGCACGCGAGGCUGUUGAGGUUGCGGCGGCGCUGCUGGAGGCUCACGGGCAGGGAGGGCCGUGCGAGGAGGACGGAGACUGGUGCUACGAGAACUCCUUCAUCUUCGCAGACGCAGAGGAGGCGUGGGUGAUGGAGACGGGAGGGCGGAGCUGGUGGGCAGCGGAGAGGGUGGGCAAGGGGAGGAGGAGAAACAUUUCCAAUGGAGUGAGCAUUCGCCGCCCUGACCUGACGCACUCGAAGCUGCUAGAGACUGCCAAGGCCGAGGGGUGGUGGGAUGGAGCUGUAGAGUUCGACUGGAAGGUUGUCAUGCUGGGAGGAGGGAGAGGAGGUCUGGUGGCUGAUGACCUGGAGCCGGAAGGAAGGGAAGCAGCAGGGAAGGAGUGGCUGGAGAAGAUGUGCAAGGAGGAGGAGGGACUUCGUGUGGACGUUCCUAGCAUGGCCAAGUGUCUCCGAGACGUGAGGUCGGGAAUAUGCAUGCAAGGAGGCUUCGAGUCGGUGGGGAGCCAAAUUUCUGUCCUUCAACAGGGAGGAGGAGGAAAGAGUGGAGGAGCAGUACACUGGUUCACUGCCAGCCCAGACCCCACAACAUCUGGAUACAAA